AUGGAGGCCGUACAAAAAACGCUCGAGCAGCUAGCAAAGCGCGCACCCGGUCUGCACCCCAGCUCGACCUCCGCCAAAGCAGCUGCUGUCACACCCACCGUCCACGACUCGAUCGACCAGCUGAUCACACGCAUUGAAGCGGCCAAAGCCGCCAUCUCUUCGACUUCCGAUGCCGCCUCAUCAUCAUCUCAGCUCAGUCCAGGGGUCGUCCUUGCCGAGCUCAAAGCUUCAGUCGAGAGCACCCAAAAGACCAUCCUUGAUCGACAAAAGGAAUUCCACGCUGCUCUUUCCAAAUCCACAAAGGCACUCGACAAGAAGUUUCCGAUCCCCAUCGAUGGCAUCGCUGAUCCAUCACUGUUCUCUUCACCGGAAGCACAGACUGCACUGGAGCGAGUUAUUCUGAAUCACCUGCAGAGGCAUGGAGACUGGUCGACAAGCUACAAGUUUGCAGCUGAAGCAGGGCUCGAUCUAUCACCAGAAAGCGAGGCCCUGUAUGCAGAGCUGCACAAUGUAGUAGCUGCGAUGGGUCGAGGAGAUCUACGACCAGCUAUUGCAUGGGCACAAGUGCAAAGGUCAUGGUUGGAGGCAAGAAAGAGCCCACUCGAGUUCGCGCUGCACAGGAGUCAAUUCAUACGCAUUGCUGCUGGUGCGAUCUUACCGGGUGGCCCGGAGGAUGCUGCUACUGCUAAUCGAGAUCCAGAUGGCGAGAAUGUCGAGAUAAUGAGCGCAUCCAUCGAUCAGCUUGCACCCGUUUCUACCGUCACAGCAGCUGCAACAAGUACCGAUCCCGCUGGCAUGCCUCUGCCACGAACCAAUGUCGAACGAGCUCUCGCUUACGGUCGAGAACACUUCAAGCCUUUCCGCAGCACAUAUCUUGGCGAGAUCCAACGUCUUUUUACGCUGCUUGCCUUCUUGCCCGCCUUUCUCCCUGCUCCUGCCUACGGUCCGGAAGGCCUCGACUCGGUUCCUGUCGAACACCUCAUUCCAACAGUCCCGCUCGUCUAUCGUCCACUACUAGAUGCAAAUCUGGUCCAUGCACCGCUGCUGGAGCCACUGUUCAAGCUCGAGUUCUGCGCGCGCAACCGCAUCGCGAAGGACGCACCUCUUGCCAUCGGUGUGGAAGUUGGAGCUGGUGGAGCGCUCAACAAGAUCAUCAAGGUCAAAGCGGUAAUGAAAGAGAGGGGCAACGAGUGGAGCCAGGCCGAUGAGCUGCCAAUCGAGAUCCCACUCCCGACCAAGCUCCGUUUCCACUCGAUAUUUGCUUGUCCUGUAUCCAAGGAGCAGGGAACGGAAGAGAAUCCGCCGAUGAUGUUGGCCUGUGGACACGUGCUGUGUCUGGAGACGCUCAAUCGUCUUGCCAAAGGGAAAGGGCGAUUUAAGUGUCCUUACUGUCCCACCGAAAGCUACCUCAAUCAGGCGAUCAGAGUCUACUUCUGA